AUGGCGGCGCCCACGACUUAUUCGCUCGACCCGGCCCUGUACAUCUACACGUCUCUCACGGCCGGGUCCUCACACAUUGUCACGGCCACGUCGCGACUCGAGACGAUCCUACGGGCUAACCGGGUGCCCUUCAAGGCCAUCGACCUUGCUACCGACCAGAAGGCCCGCAUGCUAUGGGGCCGUCGUGCCGGCAAGGAUGCGGGUGGUCGCGCGCGAAAGCUGCCAGGCCUCGUGCAAUCGGGCCUUGUUGUAGGGGACAUUACCGAGGUUGAGGACUGGAACGAGUAUGGCGAGCUCAAGGAGCACGUGACGCUGUUCUGGGAUGAGUUCACGCAGCCGCCCAUCAGCCAAAAACCGGCGACGCCGGCCGCGAAGCCGGGCAGGAAGCCGGUCGUUAAGCCGGCCGCAGCACCCUCAUCAGCCCCAGCAGCGCCACCUGGCGUCGCAGGCGCGGCUACAGACGAAGCCGCCCGCUCCGGAACAGCCACUCCGGCCACAGCUGCUUCUGCAGCUAGAGCCAAGGAGGCCAAGGAGAAGCUCAAGGAAAAGGAACGGGAACGGGAGAAGGCCAAGGCCAAGGUGGCGGCAGCCAAGGCCAAGGCGGCGGCCAAGGCAAAGCCGACCAAGAAGUAA